GGGAAAAGAAAGUUUCUUUUAAGUAAUCAUUUCUUCUUCCAUUUUCUCAUAAACGCGUAAACAGUGAGAUAUCUACUAGGGCUACUCAAAAUUCUCUCUUCUUCAAAUCUUCUUGAGGCACAUGCAUCUCCUCCCAGUUAACGUUUUUCAAUUUAGAAUCACAAGUACAGAGAACAAUCUUUAAUUAACAAAAAGAGCAAGGAUGCGAAAGUGGCUGUGCUGCUCCUGCCUAGUAGAGGAGUCAUACCUAUCAAAUGAAAAUGAGGUCCACAACAACCCAGGGAAUCAUGUUGAUGGCCACCCAAAAGGAUCAAAGUUACCAGCCCCUGCCAAGAUUGAAGUGCAAAAACCAAUACCAACUAUUGAGGUGCCUGAAUUGUCACUGGAUGAACUGAAGGAUAAAACUGACAAUUUUGGAUCAAAGGCAUUAAUUGGUGAAGGAUCAUAUGGAAGGGCGUACUUUGCAAAUCUAGAUAAUGGCAAGGCUGUGGCUGUGAAGAAGCUAGAUACUUCAUCUGAGCAAGAAUCAAAUGUUGAGUUUUUGACUCAGGUUUCCACUGUUUCAACAUUGAAGCAUGAAAAUCUUGUUGAGUUGCUUGGUUACUGCGUUGAAGGGAACCUUCGUAUAUUAGCUUAUGAGUUUGCAACCAUGGGGUCUUUACAUGAUAUAUUGCACGGUAGGAAGGGUGUACAAGGGGCACAGCCUGGUCCUACACUUGAUUGGAUGCAGCGGGUAAGGAUUGCUGUAGAUGCUGCAAGGGGACUUGAAUAUUUGCAUGAGAAGGUCCAACCUCCUAUUAUACACAGGGAUAUCAGAUCCAGCAAUGUGCUCCUUUUUGAAGACUACAAAGCAAAGAUUGCGGAUUUUAACCUUUCCAACCAAGCUCCUGAUAUGGCUGCCAGGCUUCAUUCUACUAGAGUUCUGGGAACUUUUGGCUAUCAUGCGCCAGAAUAUGCAAUGACAGGACAGUUAACUCAGAAGAGUGAUGUAUAUAGUUUUGGGGUUGUCCUGCUUGAACUUUUGACGGGAAGGAAACCUGUGGACCAUACCAUGCCUCGUGGGCAACAGAGCCUUGUUACAUGGGCAACCCCAAGACUGAGUGAAGAUAAAGUGAAACAGUGCGUAGAUCCAAAACUCAAAGGGGAAUAUCCUCCAAAAGGAAUUGCAAAGCUUGGAGCUGUGGCAGCAUUGUGUGUACAGUACGAGGCAGAAUUCCGUCCAAACAUGAGCAUUGUUGUGAAGGCCCUCCAGCCACUCUUGAAGUCUACUGCUGCACCUGCCCCGGAAGUUUAACGCUAAUACCAUUGGUUGCGUGGACUGUGGGCUGUGGCAGCUUCUUCUACAUGUUGCAGGUCGCCCAGUGUUAAAAUAUAGUACUUUUGUUUGGAUUUAAAUUUUAGGAUUUAUUUCUGUGGUUUGCUUACUUGGGCCGUAGUAUUUGAUUGAUAUUCUUCUAAAAAAAUUGUGGAAUUCCACUCUAGCCUCGUCUCUGUGUGCAUUAUAAUUUCUGAGCCUAGUGAAUCCCACUUUUGGUGUUCAGGUUAAUUGAGAAUUGCUUUAUUGUGAUGCUUAAGCCCUGGGGUAUAAUAGCGAAACAGAUUUAUGGU